AUGACAACGGACGGGAUCCAACGGUCCUCGAUCUCCAUCAUAUCCGCCUGCCCGAUCUCCGAUCAGAUCGUGCUCUGCUGGAUCGUUAUCUCCAGCAAAUAUGACCUCAGAGACACGCCAAAUUUGGCUCUUACUCAAGCAACAGCAGAACGCGACUUUUGCUCAUUUGAGCCUCUUUCGGAAGAUUUCGAAAAAGGCAAACGUGCGUGGAUUGAGGAAAAUCCUGAGAAGAAGAGCUUAGAAUUUCUCUGCUCCUCUGCCAUGGGAAGCCGCUCCAAAAGACUCUUGCCUGCCGUGAUGAAGCUAGACUGA